AUCAUUUGACAGAAGUAUCUCCAUAAAUUUAGUGAAGAGAGAGUAGAAGCAGCCAAAACCCAAGAGAAAGGGGAAUAGGGAGUCCUCCCUCGCUCGGAACAGCCAUGGAGGAGAAGGAGAAUGUUGCUACCAGUGAUGAGCCCAAGAUCAAGUACAGAGGAAUUAAAGCCAUGCCCUUUAUAAUAGGGAACGAGACGUUUGAGAAGCUGGGAACCAUCGGCACCUUAUCCAACCUCAUGGUCUAUCUCACCACUGUUUUUCACCUCAAAAAAGUUUCAGCUGCAACGCUAAUCAGUGUCUUCAAUGGCACUACAAAUUUGGCCACCUUAAUUGGCGCUUUCCUCUCUGAUUCCUACUUUGGUCGUUACAAGACCCUCGGAUUUGCUUCCAUUGCUUCCCUCCUGGGGUUGCUUGUUAUAGUGCUAACAGCGGCAAUUUCCAAACUGCACCCUCCACACUGCCGGGCAGAAGAGACCGGAAACUGCACCGGGCCGACGGGAGGGCAGAUGGUGUUCCUGCUAAGUGGGUUUGGACUGCUAGUGAUAGGGGCAGGAGGUAUCCGGCCAUGUAACCUAGCAUUCGGAGCUGACCAGUUCAAUCCGAAUACUGAAUCUGGGAAGAGGGGCAUCAACAGCUUCUUCAAUUGGUACUACUUCACCUUCACCUUUGCCGUGAUGGUGUCGUUAACGUUCAUUGUCUAUGUGCAGUCCAACGUGAGCUGGAGUAUUGGGUUUGGAAUUCCUACAGUUCUAAUGUUCUUGUCUUGCGCGCUCUUCUUCCUGGGUUCGAGAAUCUACGUCAAGGUGAAUCCCGACGGCAACCCCUUCUCCAGCGUAGUGCAGGUCAUAGUGGCUGCAACCAAGAAGCGACGGUUAAAGCUACCGGAAAAUCCAUCUCUGUCCCUCUUCAACCAUCUUCCGGCCAAUUCUCUCACCUCCAACCUUCCUUAUACAAAGCAAUUCAGGUUCCUGGACAAGGCUGCGAUCAAAACCGUGGAUGAUGAGGUCAACCCAGAUGGUUCAGCUGUUGAUCCUUGGAGGCUUUGCAGAAUGCAGCAAGUGGAGGAGGUGAAAUGCCUUGUGAGAGUAAUUCCCAUCUGGGUCUCAGGCAUUCUCUAUUAUGCUGCCAUUGUCCAACAGCACACUUACGUAAUCUUCCAAGCCCUUCAGUCCGAUAGACGUCUCCCGGGCAGCAACUUCAGAGUCCCGGCGGCAUCCUACAUCGUCUUCGCCAUGCUCAGCCUCACUCUCUGGCUGCCAAUCUACGACCGCAUCAUAGUCCCCGUUCUGCGAAGAUUCACAGGCAAAGAAGGCGGCAUUACACUCCUCCAAAGAAUGGGUAUCGGAAUGGCUCUCUCAGUUCUCACCAUGGUGGUGUCUGCCUUGGUAGAAGAGAGGAGAAGGAGCGCCGCUCUUACCCGACCAACGCUGGGCACUGCACCAGGAGGAGGCGCCAUCUCGUCCAUGUCGGGGCUGUGGUUGGUUCCUCAGCUAACUCUCGCAGGCCUAUCGGAGGCUUUUGACUCGAUCGGCCAAAUCGAAUUCUAUUACAAGCAGUUCCCGGAGAACAUGAGAAGCAUUGCUGGCUCGAUGUUCUUCUGCGUCAUGGCAAUGUCAAGUUACUUGAACGGUUUCUUGGUGUCCGUAGUUCACAAGACUACCGCCGGUGCUGCAACUGGCAAUUGGUUGCCGGAGGAUCUUAACAAGGGGAGGCUGGACUACUUUUAUUACAUGAUUGCCGCCUUGGGGACCCUGAAUUUUGGGUAUUUUCUUUUAUGCGCUAGGUGGUACAGAUACAAGGGUACUGGUGAAAAGCCCCUUGAAGUUGUAGAAGUCGCCAUGGAAACCCAAAAACCUGAAAAACCUCCUGUUAGUGUUUGAAUUAACAAAAAGCACCAAAAAUUGCGACUGCACUCUACACAUGAACCUGAUCUGAUCAGGUAUUGUUUUUCCUUUUUGUUAUUAAAAAAAAAAAUACGCGAUUUCGUCAGAAAGCGGAUCACCUCCGGACAGUGUACAGUGGUUGGUGAGAAAAUUUACUGCUACUAUGGUCGCAGCAUACAUGUGAUCCCCAAAAUGGGGGCCCUGCCCGGCUGCCCCUACAGUCGUCCUUUGUAUAGUGAUCAGGGUGUAAUUUUGCUCUGUAUGAAUGUUGGAAGAGGUACAGAUCAUCCUAAGGAAAAGAAAAGGGACCCAGAAAGAGAGAAGAAAAUGAUCAAAAAGGGAUUUUGCAGUUCUGAAAUGUACCUCAUAAAAAAUGUAUACUGUCACACGUCUUGGCAACAUAUGGAAAUACACUUGCAGCAUGUCCCUUAGAUGGAUGCUUUUGGUUUUU